AGAGAGAGAGAGAGAGAGAGAGAGAUCUCCUGCACAACAAGCACCGCACACACACUCCAGAUUGAUAUAAUUGAUUCCCUCUCACUCUUGCUUCCUAUUCUUCUCCAGUUGCCUAGCUAGCUGAACUUAACAAUAGUGAGAGUUGCUUUAAAUCAGUGUGUUCCAGUUCCCUUGUCAAUCUUAAAACACUCAUCUUCUCUCUGGUACGUUGUGAGUUGUGAACACAUUAUAAGGGGAAAAGUUACAUUGAAUUGAAGCUAGAGAGAGAGAGAGAGAGAGAGAGAGAGAUAAAAAAAAAAAAAAAGAAUGGGCGGAGGAGCAGGGUAUAAGCAGCUGUGGUUGUAUUUCAAUUUCAUGUUGCUUGUACAGCUACAGUUGUGGUCUUCAUUGCUACCAAUCUCCUACUCAGCUGCAGUCAGACAUCUUCCUGGGUUUGGAGCUCCUCUUCCCUUUGAGUUGGAAACCGGGUACGUGGGUGUGGGGGAGUCGGAGGAUGUGCAGCUGUUUUACUAUUUCAUAAAGUCGGAGAAGAAUCCAGAGAAGGACCCUCUUGUGGUUUGGCUCACGGGAGGCCCUGGUUGCUCCUCUUUGUCUGGCCUUCUAUAUGAGAUUGGUCCACUUUCCUUCGUGGUAAAGGAAUACGAUGGAACUCUACCCAAUCUCGUUUUGAAACCACACUCAUGGACCCAGGUGGCAAGCAUAAUCUUUAUAGACUCUCCUGUUGGGACUGGAUUCUCCUACUCUACAACCUCCCAAGGUUUAUUGACAGGUGACCUCAAAUCAUCUAAACACCUAUACCAAUUCUUUACAAAGUGGAUGAUUGACCACCCAGAGUUUCUCAAUAAUCCAUUCUAUGUUGCUGGUGAUUCAUAUUCUGGCAUGAUCGUGCCGCUUGUUACUAAAGAAAUAUCGGAUGGCAAUGAAGCUGGUAAUGAACCGUUUAUCAAUAUUAAAGGAUAUUUAAUCGGCAACCCUGUAACAGAUGUAGUUUUUGAUAGCAACAAACAAGUGCAAUAUGCUCAUGGGAUGGGUCUUAUACCAGAUGAACUUUAUGAGUCUGUGAAGAGAAGUUGCGGAGGGAACUAUGUACAAAUAGAUCCCACCAAUGUACAAUGUUGGAAGGAUAUGCUGUCAUAUUAUAAGUGUAUUUCAGGAUUAAACACUGCACAAAUUUUGGAACCUUUAUGUAGUUUUUUUGCAUCCCCAACACCCGAAGAGAUGGUCGGAGAAAGAAGAUCUCUUUGGCAGAAUUAUAAGGAGUUCCUGGAUCCAAUACCCCCUACUCCUGAAGUUGGCUGUAGGAGUUAUGGUUACCAUUUGGCAUCUUUGUGGGUGAAUGACAAUAGAGUACGUAAUGCUCUCCACAUCCGAAAGGGAUCCGUGGAGAAAUGGCAAAGGUGUAGCUAUCUCCUGGGUUAUUCAUCUGAAAUCCAAAGCACCAUUGAAUAUCAUGCAAAUCUCAGUAAGAAAGGUUACCGAUCUUUAAUAUACAGUGGUGAUCAUGACAUGAUAGUGCCAUUCUUGGCCACUGAAGCAUGGAUAAAAUCUCUCAAUUACUAUAUCGUUGACGAAUGGAGGUCAUGGCUUGUUGAUGGCCAAAUAGGCGGAUAUACGAGGACGUAUUCCAACCGAAUGACAUUUGCUACUGUAAAGGGAGGUGGGCAUACAACUCCAGAGUACAAACCUAAGGAAUGCUUUGCUAUGUUCGAGCGGUGGAUUUUUGAGGAACCUCUGUAACUACGUUAAGCCAGAGCUCCAAAUCUACUCCACAACUUUCCUUAGCCAAA